CCAAAUCUCGCUGGAGAAACUAACAAGGAAGCGAAUGGCGGAAAUGUAGAGCCACCUCACGCUUUCAGUUAGUCAUUUCUGGAUAUAGCUCUUUCUUUUCUUCUUAAAAGCAGAACCGAGCCCAGAGUCCAGCAGAUGUCUUCAGGCGAAAGCACUACGCGGUUCUGAAGAAGCGAUGCGGUCGCUUUGAGUCGCCUGACGGGGUUUGUAAAGUGGAUGGACGGAUGGGCAGUCAGUGAGCCAGCUGAGAGCGUCCUGUCACCGACAGCCUGCCAGUUUAAACACCGACAUAUGGCCCUGCCGCUCAGUUAGCCGAGGGAGACGAGGAAACGACGCAAGCAUCAUGUUUCUGAAAACAUCGUUCACCACCCUGAUCGUGGGGGUGUUUGUGGUCUAUGUGCUCCACACCUGCUGGGUGAUGUACGGGAUCGUGUACACCAAACCCUGCAACAACCCCAAAGGUGCCAACUGCAUCACACCCUUCCUGGCUGGGAACCCCAAACUGCAGCUGAGCAUCUACACCACACUGCGGUCGAACGCAGAAGGAGGCCAUACUCUGAUCCACAAAGAGGAGAACUUUGAUGUCAACAGCAAGUUUGAAAGGACAAUCAACGUCUCCCUACCUAAGAAAACCCGUAAUAAUGGAACUCUAUACGCACUAAUAUUUGUCCAUCAAGCUGCCCACGAUCCGUGGCACGAUCCACGACAAGUUCACUUGGUUGCUCAGCUCACCACGUACAUGGUCCCUAAACCGCCUGAAAUCUCUCUGAUAUCUGGGGAAGAUAAAACAAAGGGUCAGAAAGAAGGCCAGCAGAAGAAGCUGCAUGAUGCAGCGACAGGGGGCGGAGCCAGAGCUGGAGCCACCUCUGUGUCAGACCAUCCAGUUUCACACUGGCGCUCCCGCCUCACUGUCAACAUUGUCGGUGACCACUUCCUCUUUGACAGAGAAUACCUCCCAAAUGAUGUCCACAGAUACCUCAGAGUGUUUCAGAAUGGGAAGAAGGUGGUGUAUCUACCUCUGCUGUUUGUUGAUGAGCUCAGCAACCGGGUCAAGGACCUCGUGGAGAUCAACAGUACCACUACAGAACUUCCUCUGAUCAUCUCCUACGACUCAAUCUCUCUGGGCAGACUUCGAUUCUGGAUCCACAUGCAAGACGCCGUUUACUCCCUGCAGCAGUUCGGGUUCACAGAGAAGGAUGCUGAUGAGAUUAAAGGGAUCUUCGUGGAUACCAACCUGUAUUUCCUGGCCCUGACUUUCUUUGUAGCGGCUUUCCACCUCCUCUUUGACUUCCUGGCCUUCAAAAAUGACAUCAGCUUCUGGAAGCAGAAGAAAAGUAUGGUGGGAAUGUCCAGCAAAGCAGUGCUGUGGCGCUGUUUCAGUACCAUAGUGAUUUUCCUCUAUUUGCUUGACGAGCAGACCAGUCUGCUUGUCCUCAUACCUGCAGGGAUCGGCUCUAUGAUUGAAGUUUGGAAAGUGAAGAAAGCCUUUAAGAUUCAAGUUUUCUGGAAAGGAGGCAAACCCACAUUCCUGUUUGGAAAGUUAGAUGAAUCUGAGAGGAGAACGGAAGAAUAUGAUACCCUGGCCAUGAAGUAUCUCUCAUACCUCCUUUACCCACUGUGUAUCGGAGGGGCAGUGUAUGCACUAAUAUUUUUACGAUAUAAGAGUUGGUACUCGUGGCUGAUUAACAGCUUGGUGAACGGUGUUUAUGCAUUCGGGUUCCUCUUCAUGCUUCCUCAGCUAUUUGUCAACUAUAAGCUGAAGUCUGUUGCCCACUUGCCCUGGAAAGCCUUCAUGUAUAAGGCAUUCAAUACCUUCAUCGAUGACGUGUUUGCCUUCAUCAUCACCAUGCCAACGUCUCACAGACUGGCCUGUUUCAGAGAUGAUGUGGUGUUUCUCAUCUACCUUUACCAGAGAUGGCUCUACCCUGUGGACAAAACAAGAGUAAACGAAUAUGGAGUGUCGUACGAUGAAAAACCCAAAGGGAAGAGUCACUAGACUCGGAGGAAUUUGCUUUUAUGAUCUGGAAUCUGUGGGUAUUGUCUUGUUUCCACUGGUGUCCACUCAUCUUUAUCAACUGGAAUGAGUUUAAUGGUCAGGGGUACAUUUUUGUUGUAUAUGUUCCAGGCACAUAAAUGUGCUUACGGUUCGGACUUUUUCCACCCUGUUAAAAAUUGUUAAAAGGGCAACAUCAUCUUCUGCUUCGUCUGACAGUCUGACGUGGCCUUCUUGUUUUGUUUUGGGGGGUUUUUUUGGUGGGGCGGGGGUUAGUUACAGUGUGUGUGAUGGGACACAGUGACAGUGUGUUUUUAUUUUUCCAGAGUUUUAAAUGCACAAAGGAAUCUUUAUAAUUCUUAACAAUGCUACGCUCGUGUUUUGAACAAGUUGGAUUCAGCCUCCUCCGACAGCUGGCAGAUGUAGUAUAUCUACGAGCUGCAGAGAAAGAGCUGCUUUGCUCAUCUGAGAGCUUGUUGUAUACCUACCAGAUAAGACGGCCUUCAAGUAAAAUCAAGAUAGCUGUGUGAUGGCAGGGAUAGAAAGACUGUGCUGUGACAAAAAAGGAGAUGAAGCAUUCUGACUGAUGUUUCAGGCAGCUCAAUAAUAUUGUUCCAGACAGUCUCAGAAAAAUCAGGCCGUAGUCAUAAUUGCAGCUUUUGUGCUUAAGUGGCCACUAUUUCUAAAUUGGUAGCUGGUGUUUAUGGUAAUUGGAAUAAAAUAUGAAAGCUGCAAUAAGCAAAGGUAAGCCAUACAGAAACUAAAGAUGAUAUAUUGUUAGCUCUGUUGAAUAUGUAAAUUAUCAGAAAUUAUGUUCAUUAUUUUUAAGCAUUUCUCAAUAACUUGGCAAUCUGGCUCUUAAAAAAAAAAAAACUGUACAAAAUUAUAUCCAAAAUGAUCACGUGCAUACAGUUGGCAUUUGUUAGUUCUGUGACAAAGAACGGUCAUGUUUAAUGCUACAGUCACACUAGAGAAAACAGUAGUUGGAGGCCACGGCACGACCAAAACCAUUCUGCCGGUGUUCUGUAAACUUGUAAGUCAAAGUGACUUUAGUGCAAGACGGCGACGAAAUGUCAGUAAGGCCAAUAAGACAGUCUGCUAUCAGUUUGCAACUGAAUAGGAUCCAGUUGGCAAUUACAUGCAAUCUGCUUAUGAAGAGAUCUGUUGAUAUCUGUUACAAAUUCACAGUAAACCCUAGCAUUCAGAGUCCGGCAAGUGUAAAAUGGGAAUUCCUCCAUGAAUAGUGAUGUAGUUGAUGUAAAGUAUUCACAUUUUUGUUGUCUUUUUUUUUUU